AUUAGCCAAAUUGAAAAUAAAUUCCCCAUUUUCUCUCUCCUCCAACAAAACUCUUGUUUUCACCAAUCCCCCACAUCUCCUUCCUCCUCCUUCUCUCUCCUCUUCAACCCUCGGAUUUCCCCCCUUUUUUUCCACUCUUUCCUUCUCCGGAUUUGUAUUGCAAUUAUCCUUCCACUAUUUCUGUCUUUUUUAGUGAAAAUUUUAAUUCAAUUUGUAGGGUUUUAAAUUAAUCGGUGGUGGUAUUUUUUUUGGUGUUAGGUGGGGGCUGGCUCAUUGUAAUUUUCCGAUUUAAUUUGAUUCCGAUUCGGAAAAUUAUUUGAAGUUUUCUAAGUAGUAAUUAGUACUAAUGAUUUCGUAAAUUCAUUGCUAACCCUAGUUUUAAUCAAUCAAUCAAUUAAUCAGUUAGGUUUUGGGAUUAAUAUUAUCCCCAAUUUUAUUCAAUAACAACAAAAAAAAGGUAAAAAAAUUGCUUGUUUGUUUUUCUUUCAAUUGUAUAGAAGAAGUUUAAUCUUGGUGUUUUAGGGUUAAUACUGUUUAAUAAUUCUAUGUAUAGCGAGUUGUCUAUGCAAGAAACUCCGUGAUAUUUUUGGUGCAGUUUUUUUUGUUUGCUAUCUGAAAAUUGAGGGUUUACUUGUUCAAGUUUUUUCCCACUAAUUAGGGUUUCCUUAUUCAAUAGUAUCAUCAUUGCGUUUUCUGCUGUUUUUGUUUCAUUUCGUCGUUUUUUCAUCAAAAUCAUGUAAAAAAAAGAAAACAGAAGAGAAAUCUAGGGUUUUUCCGUUCAAGGGUUGAUUGUUGGAGGAGAGAGUUUGUUGAUUUGUGGUUAUUUUGGGGAUGACUUUGAAUUUUUCGCACCGGAUCUUUCCGGUCCAUCUUCCUGAAGAGAAUAUGGUUCAGGGUGGUUCACAAGAUAGGGACAUUCGUGAAUUGUUGCCUGCUGAUCCUUUUGGGAUGGAUAUUAGCUCCACAGUAACCGCCAUCACUGGGUGGCUUGAGGAUCUAGGAGCUGAUUAUGGUGCUUAUGAAGGUGCCGAAGUUGAUUGUAAAGGGGAUUACCCUCUUUUCGCUGGAUGGAAUUUCUGGUGGAAUAACACGCCUAUGGAAUUCCAGAAAUUUCCAGAAAAUAAAAAGUAUGAUGAUAGGAUACUGAAUGAUGCCUGGGAUAAUAGUUAUUUCCCUUCAGAGGAAUUUCGGCUUCCUACCUUUGGUUCUGCAGAUAAUGAUAGCAUUGACAAGAUUGAUAGUCAUUGUAUGAUUACUGAAGAUGAUGGGUAUCUUCAAGAGGUAGGAUUUGGGCAUAUGGUGAAUGAUGGAGGUGUCUGUUUCAAUGGUGAUGAGUUUGAUACUGGUAAUGAUAUCUUCAACAGGGAUGAUGAUGUGUGCGGUAUGAGUAUCGAUAUGGCUGCUGAUACUGAAGAUAUGUCGGAGCCUCCUCACCCAGCUUUGACCUAUGCUCUUCACUAUUUGGGUGUGCGUGAUUUGCUUUCUGUUGAAAGAGUUUGCAAGUCAUUGUGCUACACAGUUCGAAAUGAUCCGCUUUAUUGGAGAAGUAUUCAUAUUGAUAAUCCGCUUAAUACACGGUUAACUGAUGAAGUUCUUCUUCGAUUAACCGAAAGGGCUCAAGGUAGCCUGCAGUGCUUGAGCCUAGUGGAUUGCCAACGGGUGACAGAUGAUGGUUUAAAGCGUGUCCUCGGUAGCAAUCUGAGGUUGACCAGGCUGAGUGUUCCAAAAUGUAUAAAACUAAGUGUUGAUGGUGUGGUGAAUUGCUUGAGGGCUUUCAAAACGGUGGCUGUCAAUGGGAUAAAAUAUCUCCGAAUUGGUGGGCGCUAUGAUGUGACCCAAGAGCAAUUUGAAGAGCUGGUGACAUUAUUGGACAUUCGUAAUGAAGUACAAAAUAAUUGUCACAAGCCGCUCUUCUAUCAGAUAGGUAACAUAUAUAUUUCUAUUAAAGAUGAUCGUCCAAUUGACAUAGAAAUGUGUCCAAGGUGCCAACUUUUUAGGCUGGUCUAUGAUUGCCCUGCUGAAGGCUGUCAAGGCAAAGAUCACUCUACCGAGUUGUGCAGGGCUUGCAUUAUCUGUAUAGCACGGUGUGUAAUUUGUGGGAAGUGUGUUAAUGAUCGUGUGUAUGAGGAGAGCUUUUCUCUCGAGUCACAUUGCUCUGAUUGUUGGGAGAAUGAUCGUGGGCAUCAAGAGAGGCAAGAUGUGGGUAUCAGCCUUCUUAAGCGUGACAUUUCUCAGAAUCCAGUUAUUUCUUUGAAUGGCUAGGGAUGUAGCGGGCGGGCGUGCGUGCGUAGCUCGGUGUAUGUGCUGUUGGCUUUUUGCUUGGAGUUUUAUGACCAAAAGCUGACAAUUUUUGAUGUAGUAUAUAUUAAUAGGGAAACAUUAGCUGUAUAGAGUUGGUUCUCCCUCAUCAUACGGUUGCCGUUGUUCGCCUUCAACCCUUCUUUCUAAAUGGGGGCAUUUAGUAGGAUCCCAUUCUCAACUGUCAGCAGGAAUGUAGAGGGAGGAUCCCUGUUGUCUGUAUGUUAUGUUAACUGGUAAAGAAGAUAUCUGGAAGAACACUACUGUUGGAGUUUUUCUGGAGUUAGGGAGCUGUUGUUGUGUGCUUGUACUCUUCUAUAUGAAGUAAAAAAAAAAUGAAAAAUAAAUUUGCUGACAUGUCAGGUAUCUUGUUCGUGUUACACCUGGUGAGUGAUGGAUUGAUUUGCUUUCCUGUUGCUGCGGAAAGUACAACAUCUGGUUGGCUUAGUAGCAGAUACGAUCUCACCACACAGGGCUAUAGAUGGAGGGAUUGAUUGACUCUCCCUUUGUAGUAACUUAGUUUUGACCUCACUCGGUUGGGUUUCUGUUCAACCGGAACACUCGCUUUGAGAAUCUGAGAUAGAGGGUCAAAUGACAUCUCGGUAUUGUUACUAGUAGAGUAGCAGUACUCUGGUUGUGAUCUUUGAAUUGAAGUUUACGUAAGAGCAUUCAGUUGCGUUUCCACAUGGUGGUGAAGCUCAAUCAAGCUGUUUGUUGACGUGAUGAAGUGUUGCCUGGAGAGCACUGUCGGGAUUGUCUGUCUUCGCGUGCAUCAGGUACUCCUAUCGGAUAUUGUUUCUGUAAUAGUAUACUAAAACUCUGAAGAUUUACAUAUGUUGUGGUCGCUUAAAACUUUGUUUAGUUCUGCCCGAGGACAGGAACCCACGCAAACUUGCUCGGUCUUUUUCUCUUGGCCCGGUGGUGUGGGUUCAAAAUCCCGGUGUCUGAUCAGUUAUCGUUUGUGUAUUGGUCUUGUAUCUGACUAGUUUUAUUUCCCUUGUUAGUUUGCCGGGAAAACAUUGAUCACUUGGUUGUUUAUCAGAAUAAAUUUUACAAUACUUGAGGUUUUCUUUUUCCAA